UCGAGAUGAAAGCUUCCGUUAAAGUAUGUGUAUGUCUUCAACUUGCACCUAGCUAAUGCUACAGCUGCUCCCUGUCUACCCACUUUUUCCCAGCAUUACCCAUUCCAAAAUCUCAGCAACUGCAGCUGUUUUUGCUCGCAGAAGCUGUGAAUCGAAGAGAACCAGCGGCCAAAAAACUUGAUCCUUGGAAGUUCGGACGUCAAGAACCUUCCAACGUGAAGAUCUCCUUGUUGAAAGCCCCAACAACUUCUCCAAAAGAUGGGCGACAAAGCGCCAGCAGCUCCGGAAAAAGGCGGGCGAUAUGGCCUGCCCGGUAUUCCGAGCUAUGUGGAUCGCGUAUCGCAAGAAAAAAUCUACAGUGACAAAAUCAUCGGGGAAGAAAAAUACAUGGAGUCAAGUAUUUUACUUUUUGUUUUUGUUUUUUGUACAUGUUACGUCGCCGCGGCUCAGCAAAAAAAGAGGAUGUUUACCGCCAAUCUUUUGUAGCCUUCACGCAAAGUUGCAUGUUUUUGACAAGUAAGAAGGACAAAACCAUAGAGAUGUACAUCGCAGAUGGCGUUUGUAAACCCAUUUAGUGCAAAGGAGCUGUUGGUGUUGUUUGAUAAAUUUUGAGAAAUUUUUAGCAAAAGCACGACGUGGUUGUGUUGUGUACUCUUUUUUUGCAAAUUUUCAGAAUCAAUCGUCAAUCAACAGGAAAAGGCAUCGAGAUUGGCGACCACAAAAAAUCUUUUGGCGUCCUGAAGGGCUUCGAGAUAAUAAAGUUUCCGACCUACGUCGAGGUGCGAAAAAUCUAUAGCGAAGAGGAGCUGGCGAGCAAACGUACAGAUCAAUAUCCUUCAAUGAUUACGGUAUGUACAGAAGUUAGUCGAAAUAGGUGUACUAGCUUUAGCUUCCCCAGCACACUUACCAUGUUCGUGCGUUUUGGAAUUGGAAUUCCAGAAGUGAGAUGUAAUCGAGUAUGACAAGCUGAAGCAAAGUUUAACCGCUCUACAAACUCAGCCGAAUUCCCGGUAGACGAUGGGAAAAGCUCCUCAUCCUCGAAGAGAAAGCCAAUCGAGCAGCGAAUCAUGGAAGCACGAGCCGAGUGCAACCGAACCGCCCCGACAUACGCGUAUCUGUUUUUUGGUUUUUUUUGUGUAGUUUGCCUUUGCGUUGCGAUUAAACCGCGAUUCGCAUGAGAAGGGCUUGGAGAUGCAUUUCGACAUUUUUAGAAAUUAUCUAUCCACGAUUUAUUUGAAUCGAAUACGAAUUACAGGUACAAAUAUUUUUCGGAGAAGCACAUGGCAGUGAAGCGCGGGGGACCGAUGGCCAACAAGAAGGCCAUAACGAUGGAGGAUCUGCGCGAGCAAGGGAAGGACCUUCCAAGUAUCGAGGACGUGCUGCAGGUCCCGCAAAGGGUGCCUGCGCCCCUACCAAAUCUUGACGACCCCGAGCCGGUCGAGGAACCCGCUACGUCAAAAACAAUGUAAAAACUUGCUUUGUUUCCUCUGAUCGUCGUGUUCGUGCUUGCUUCGCGAUGCUUGUAUUGAGUACUUACUAUCGUCGUGCACGACGUUUUUAGAUUGUUACAAAAUAAACUAACAGCCUGGUGCAGAACUCCGGGACGCAGAGCAACAAAUGAAGGACGACAGUCUCCUGUCUCUGCUCCGCUGAAUGAAACGACAUCAACCACACACUCCCGGAGAGCUGCAGCGGAUGAAAAAAUGCCUAAUAAAUCUCACACCUGUUUCGAGUAAAUACGCUAAUCUUAUUACGACGAGUCGACGACCAGGAAUUGUCCCCGUCGCCGUGCUUGAGAAGUAGAUAUUUUCACUGUGCAAGACGCCGCGGCCGUGUGCCGCUGCUAUGGUCGUUACUAAAAAUGUACGCUGCAGAAAUCAGCAGAAGAUCGACGACGCGCAUGUACAAAGAACUUUGUGAGCACUUCUGAACGCUGCAGAAGUGCAUUGUGUCACCUCUGCCAAAAUUGUCCCGGAAUAAAAGGAGCUACCUUCUACACUUGUAAGAUUUGCCAUCAACGCUACAAAAUCAAAACGAGAAAAUCGAAACGGAAUUCAAAAAUGCUAGGUUCAUUGACAUGGUUCGCCUGCUCGGUGAUGCAUUUGUUUUUGGUGUUGCUGUUGGUUUUCAGACAUCAAUUGAUUAAGUAGUUGUGAUGGAGCAGCCCUCUGCGCGGCAGUCGCAUUUCGGUC